AUGAGGUCUUCUUUUCUUAGGCGAUUGCGUUGGCCUGGGCGACCGUGGAAGCCUCUCACCUUUUCCAACCCCAAUUUCUCGCGAAUCCCAUUGCAUCAACAGGUAGAGGAAGAGUGCCUGCCCGACUACAUCGCAUCGCGAUACUACCCGGUUCACAUUGGCGAAGUCCUCAGGGAUCGUUAUCAGAUUGUGGGCAAGCUAGGCUUCGGAACUACCUCGACAGUUUGGUUGGCGCGCGACCUGGAGGGCCGUCAGCAUGUGGCACUAAAGCUCUUUGUAAACUCAGAGUCUAUGGGCAAGCACCUAGAUCACGAACUCUCCAUAUACAAGCGCAUUUCCAAAUCUUCGUCAAAACAUCCUGGUCACGAUGCUGUCAGGGAACUCUUGGACUCUUUCGAUGUUGCUGGACCAGACGGAUGCCACCGAUGUUUGGUGCAUCCUCCUCUAAAUGAGAGCAUGCUAGCUUUCCUUCACCGCAACCCAGUGAGGAGACUACCAGUGCUGAUCCUCGCCUUCACCUUCCGUCGUCUUUUUCUUGCGUUGGAUUUUCUACAUACGGAAUGCCAGGUUAUCCAUACAGUAGACAUCAAGGCCGAUAAUAUUAUGUUCAGCGUCGAGAACCACUCAGUUUUUAACGAUUUCGAGGAGCAAGAACUUGUCGACCCGUCUCCGCGAAAGCUAGUGGACGAAAGAGCCAUCCAUCUGUCGCGCAAGCUCCGGAUGCCAAAGACAUGGGGCGCUCCGGUUCUUUGUGAUUUUGGCUCAGCCGUUACCGGAGAUAUAGAGCAUACAGAAGAUAUACAACCCGAUAUAUACAGAGCGCCUGAGGUUAUCCUGGAAGCACCGUGGUCGUAUCAGGUCGACAUAUGGAAUACGGGCUGUCUGAUAUGGGAUCUCUUUGAAGGUGGUCACCUAUUUUCAGGACGCGAUCCUGAACAUCAGACGUACCGCAGUCGAGCACACCUUGCUGAGAUUAUUGCAUUACUUGGACAGCCUCCACGGGCGCUCCUUCAGUCAGGCAAGUCAAGCCAUAAAUUUUUUACAGAUCAUGGAGAUCUCCGUGCAGAUAUUCCACUCCUGGAUAGGACUUCGUUCGAAAAAAGAGAGACCAACCUGGAAGGGUCAAGUCAAAGGAGAUUCCUUGCCAUGAUGCAAAAGAUGCUUCAGUGGGAUCCUUCGAAGCGUUCUUCAGCGAAGGCGCUGGCCGAGGAUGAAUGGAUCAUGGAGCAUAUGUAG